AUGGCGGGCACCAGGUAUUCCCCGGUCCUUGAGACCAGUCGCAUCUUCUCCGAUCUUUGUGACCAAGGCGAGCGCUUCGACUUGCCUCCAGAAGUGCUCGCGAACAAGGAUCGCGUCUCUUUCUCUACCAGCCAUAAUGAAAUCUACUUCCCAAUUCCAUUCAAAGAAACCGAGACGCUUGCCGCGCUGAAGGGUAUCGAAGGUUCAGUGGCAGCUGCCAUUGCGGAUCUUCGCUUCGGUGCUGGAUCGUCACCUCGCGGGGUUCAGGUCAGCCUUGAAGGUGCAACUGCCUUUGGCUGCCAAGCGUACAUGGCCAAAGUGGCUGGUCUGUCCAAAUUGGACCCCAAUGUGAAGUCGAAGCUCAAGAACACCGAUUUGCUCUCUGCGCAGUCUAAUGGCUACCGCCGCAUGUCAGCAAAUCUCUACAAGACCAAGAACCCAGAUGAGUUCUUCCAUAUUCAUGGAUCACUGGAGGCUACGACCACUUUGAACAUGAUUGGACUCGAGGGUGAGCGCCCAGAUUUGACGGAUUAUGAAGAGAUCAUCAAGGUCAUUGAGGAGAAGGUUACGAAAUACACUGCCUCUGAGCUUGAGGUGAUGAACAAGGAGAGACGCCAGGCUGGUGUAACUGCCUACAAACACGAAGACUUCAUUAAGACACCCCAUGGAAAACUCAAUGUGCAAGAGCCCGCCUGGAAGGUCAGCCGUCUUCCCGGCAACCUGCCUCCGACUCCAUUCCCAGCUGCCUCCAGCGAGAACAAGAAGAUCCUCAAGGGCGUCAAAGUGCUGGAAAUGUGCCGUAUUAUCGCAGGCCCCACUGUCACCCGCAUCCUUGCUGAAUACGGUGCGGAUGUCUUGAAGAUUACUAGCCCUAGUCUGUCAGAUGUACCUUUCUUCCAGGUUGACGGCAACAUGGGCAAGCAUGCGGCAGACCUUGACCUGAAAACCGAGGCCGGACGCAAGGAGUUUGAGAAACUCUUAGACGAUGUCGACGUCAUCGUAGAUGGUUACCGUCCCGGAGCUCUAGAUAAGCUCGGAUACGGUGCCGAAGCGAUGGCAGCUUUGGCUGAGAAACGCGGCAAGGGCAUCGUCUACGUGAACGAGAACUGCUUUGGAUACGAAGGCGAGUGGGCAAACCGUGCUGGAUGGCAGCAGAUUGCCGACUGUGUCACCGGUAUCGCAUGGGCACAGGGCAAGUUCAUGGGUCUCUCCACCCCCGUCGUACCCCCCUUCCCAAUCUCUGACUACGGCACUGGAUGUAUGGGCGCCAUCGCCGCCCUAACGGGACUUUACCACCGCGCCAAGACUGGAGGUUCAUACCACGGAAAGGCCUCCUUGAUGCACUACGACCUUCUCCUCUUCGCCAUGGGCCAGUAUCCCGAAGACGUGCAAGAACAGUUGCGCUCAGUGCAGUCUGCUGAUUUCUUCAAGUUGCGCCACUGUGAUAGCGUUGACCGUAUCUCGUCGACUGUGUUGAAAAGCAUGCAUGAGCGUUUCCCUUGGCUGUAUCUGCCUGCUGGACCGGAGUCGGAGGGUCGCAAGCCUCUCACUGAGUUGUGGUCUUCUGCUGCUUAUGGUGCUGAUGUUGAGGUUGUGAAGCCUGUUGCUGUUAUUAGAGGUGUGGACAAUCAGUUUGUGCGAUCUAGCCGUCCUAAUGGCAGUGAUAGUGUUGGUUGGGAGGAGUUUAAUGUUGAUGAGAGUGAUGCUCGGAAGGCAUAG